GCUUCUUCUUCCCUGACCACCACCACCAUCGUCGUCUGCCCACUUCCAUCCAACUCCCCUUUCCCGUUCAGUUCUCCCAUCAGCAAUGGCUUUGAAGCGUAUUAACAAGGAACUACUGGAUCUUGGACGAGACCCCCCGUCCUCCUGCAGCGCCGGCCCCACCGGGGAGAACAUGUUCCAAUGGCAGGCAACCAUCAUGGGUCCGGGUGAAUCUCCCUACGCUGGCGGCGUGUUCUUUCUGUCGAUCAGCUUCCCUACGGAUUACCCUUUCAAGCCUCCCAAGGUCAGCUUUACGACCAAGAUCUAUCACCCAAACAUCAACGCAAACGGGUCAAUCUGCUUGGACAUCCUAAGGGAUCAGUGGUCCCCGGCAUUGACGAUCUCGAAAGGUAUGUGCAUCUUUUCUGGGCUCCCUUGUGCAGUCUACAUGACCUCACCUAUCUCUCGCUCCCGUUGGUACCGAUCGAUGACUCAUGCUUUAUUUAGUGCUGCUCUCGAUCUGCUCAA